UACGGCCGAGGCCGGGGGCUCUCGCGAGAGCAGCGUUGGCGCCGUGACCUCCAUGUGAGAGCGGCGGCGCCUGGUAAACACUCCCCGGGGUCGGGAGAUGGCUCCCGGCGGCGCCCGUUAGACCUGGCCGCGGCGGUUCCCGCCAGGCUCCGCCUCGCCUGUGCGCUGCCGCGGGGGGGUCCGCGGCGCGGGCGAUCGGGCAGCGGCAGGGCGAUCGGCUCCGAGUCCCCUUCCCUCUCCGCUCCCCCCCUGAGCGGGGACGGCGGCCCGGCGGGCGGGGAGGCUCGCGCCUGUUCCGCGGGAUUUGAAAAUCCUGCCCCACUGAGUCGAACAAAGAGCGGGGAGAGCGCUCCGGCCCACCCCCCUUCUUCCCUCUCGCGCCGCGGACGCGCCCGCGGCGGGAGCCGACCCCUGUUCCACCGCCGGUCCCAGACCCCCCUCCCGUCCCCGCGGCUGGCUGGCUGAGCCAGGGGGAGCGCGCGCACCAUGUGGAUCCAAGUCCGCACCAUAGACGGCACCCAGACGCAGACCAUCGACGACCUGAGCCGCCUGACCAAGAUCGAGUGCCUGCGGGAGAAGAUACAGGAGACCUUCCGCGUGAGCCCCGACCGCCAGCGCCUCUUCUACCGGGGCAAGCAGCUAGAAGAUGGACACACUUUAUUUGACUACAAUGUUGGACUAAAUGACAUAGUUCAGCUUUUGAUACGUUCUGAAUCUGAAGCUCCUACCGCUGCUUCUGUGACAGAUCAGGAUGGAGAAGUCAAUCUCUGCGCUGUUUCCAACUGCAAGAACAAAGUCAAAAAAACAAACAGUGGAUCAUCCAGUCAGCCAUCUACAUCAUCUCGCUCAUUUCUCAUUGAUCCUGGCAUUGGAUUGUACAAGAUAAAUGAAUUGGUGGAUGCCCGUGAUGUCAGCAUUGGAGCCUGGUUUGAAGCUCAUAUAGAAAAUGUUACCCGAGCAACAAAGGGACAUAAGAAUGGUAAAGCUCAAGGAAAGAGCGGUAACAUUUACAAAAGGACUAAUGGAAACUUAAGUCAAGAUCAUUCUAGAGAAAAUGUAAAUAAUUUGGACAGUACACCAUCCACAUCUUAUUCAGACUGUAUGGACACUGAUGAAGAAGCUAUUUAUCAUAUCAAGUAUGAUGAGUACCCAGAGAAUGGCAUAGUAGAAAUGGACACCAGUAAUCUUCGACCGCGAGCAAGAACCAUUCUGAAGUGGAGUGAACUAAAAGUGGGUGAUGUGGUGAUGGUUAACUACAAUGUUGAGACUCCAGAAGAAAGAGGAUUUUGGUUUGAUGCAGAAAUUACCUCUUUGAGAGAAAUCUCAAGGACUAACAAAGAGGUUCAUGCUAAAAUUCUGCUGGGAGGCCCAGAAGACACAAUAAAUGAUUGUAAGAUCCUUUUUAUAGAGGAAAUGUACAAGAUUGAAAAGCCAGGAGCCUAUCCAUUGACAUUUGGGGAUGGAGAUUUCAAAAGAAAAAGUGGCCCUGAAUGCAAGCACUGUAGGGCUGAUCCAGAUAAGGAAUGCCGUUUUUGUUCAUGUUAUUUGUGUGGUGGAAAACAGGAUGCUCACAUGCAACUCCUGUGUGAUGAAUGUAAUAUGGCUUAUCAUAUAUACUGUCUGAACCCUCCCUUAAGCAAGAUACCAGAAGAUGAGGACUGGUAUUGUCCUUCCUGCAAAAAUGAUUCUAAUGAAGUUGUAAAGGCUGGAGAAAAGCUCAAACAGAGUAAAAAGAAAGCAAAGAUGCCAUCUGCCAGUACUGAAAGCCAGAGAGACUGGGGCAAGGGCAUGGCCUGUGUUGGUCGUACUAAGGAAUGCACUAUUGUUCCUUCUAAUCAUUAUGGACCUAUACCUGGUGUUCCUGUUGGGACAACCUGGAAAUUCAGAGUUCAGGUGAGCGAAGCAGGUGUUCACAGACCACAUGUGGGUGGAAUCCAUGGGCGCAGUAAUGAUGGAGCUUAUUCACUUGUAUUAGCUGGAGGAUUUGAAGAUGAAGUGGAUCGAGGAGAUGAAUUCACUUACACUGGGAGUGGAGGUAGAGAUCUUUCUGGCAAUAAAAGGAUUGGAGAACAUUCAUUUGAUCAGACAUUAACACACAUGAAUAGGGCAUUGGCCCUUAACUGUGAUGCCCCAUUGGAUGACAAAAAUGGAGCAGAGUCUAAGAACUGGAGAGCUGGUAAGCCAGUCAGAGUAGUGCGCAGUUCAAAAGGACGGAGAAUCAGCAAAUAUGCCCCAGAGGAAGGCAACAGAUACGAUGGCAUUUACAAGGUGGUGAAAUAUUGGCCAGAAAUUGGAAAAUGUGGAUUUUUAGUUUGGCGCUAUCUUCUGAGGAGAGAUGAUGUUGAACCUGCACCUUGGACUUCAGAAGGAAUGGAGCGAUCAAAGAAACUGGGUCUGAGUGUACAGUACCCAGAAGGUUAUUUGGAGGCCAUGGCUAGUAAGGAGAAGAAAGACAAGGUUAAAAAGCAAACUGUGAAACAGGAGCCAACCAGCCAGAGUAAUGGAAACCAGAAAAGGACAAUUGAUGAUGCAGGUAUAGAGGAACCUACUAAUACACCCAAAGCCAUGAGAAUGGGAGAUGGAGGGAAAGGAGAAGCUUUCCAGCUGACCCAAGAGCAGCAAUGGCUGAUUAGAGAAGACUGUAUGAACCAGAAACUGUGGGAUGAAGUACUUGCUUCUCUUAAGGAAGGACCAAAUUUUCUGAAGAAACUGGAACAAUCCUUUAUGUGUGUCUGCUGCCAGGAGCUGGUUUACCAGCCGGUGACAACAGAGUGCCUCCACAACGUCUGUAAAAGCUGUUUACAGCGCUCCUUCAGAGCUGAAGUCUUCACCUGCCCUGCCUGCCGCUAUGACCUGGGAAAGAGCUACACCAUGGUUCCCAACAAGAUACUGCAGACUCUACUGGACCAGUUCUUUCCUGGUUACAGUAAAGGACGAUGAUGUGCUCAGACCCUUCUGUACUUCUCCCAGUGACUUUAUAGACAGUAAAGGAGAAUAAACAUGAGAAAUUCAACAGUGGACCAGCCAGCUUGAUGGGACUCAAUAUAUUGUCACAUUCUGAAGCAGCUAACCCUCUUCCCCUCAUGGCCAUCUUUUUGGUGUAGUGAGAACUCUAAUUCUCAGCUGUCUUUUAACAUCAAGGGUAGUUUUGGCCAGUUAACAAAUAGUUUUUAAAGAAAAGAAAAAAAAAAAAAAAAAAGAAAAGCCUCAGCUCUUACUGGCCUAGCUGAUGCUUCAUUUAUGAUUUAUUUUUUUGUAACUACCUCAGGACAGAGGAAAAUAAAUUGUGGGGAUGACAAAAAGUUAGUGAAGUUUUAGCUACACACUGCCUCCUGAAUAUUAGUUGUGCCUGGUCCAUGUGGUUUGAUUUACAAAAAAAAAAACCCAAACCAAAACAAAAAUCCAUGAUAAACAGCAAAAAACCCAGAAACAGCACUUAAGCCAGCUGGAUUAAAGAACAGCGAAUUCUGUGGUGUGCAUAAUCCUUUUUUGUCUUUUUCUUCUAUUAUGCUGUAUUUUUUUGCAAGAACAGGCUGAUUUUUAGUCUAUUUUUGUGAGCUUCAUUGUGCUUUUCUUGUAUCUUAUGCAAGUUGACUACUAAUGACUAAUGAGAACAAUAUGAAUGCAUUGUUGCUGCAUUAGUGUAAAGUGAUCUGUGUUUUUUGCACUUAAAGAGGGUAUUCAAGACACUCUAGCUGUGUAAAAAAUAUUUCAUAUAAAAAAGCCACUUCUGUAUUAGUUAAACUGUAUGCUUUUAGUAGGUCUUGUAUCAGUGACAAUACAUCUACAUGGCAUUGAAGGCAGUGCUAGCUUGGAGAGGGUUCAAAUCGCUUCAUAUUGUGAUCUGAAAUUUUAUAUACAAUAUAUCCCCCCCCAAAAAUAUACCUUAUUAAAUAUUUUAUGAUUCA